AUGGCGGCCAUAGAAGAAAACGAAGCUAAAAUCUCGGUAAAAGUAAUCGUAGACAAAGUGUAUAAGAGAGUGGUGUAUGCUGAAGCUGAUUACACUUUUGUUGACAUUCUAUUCAGCUUCAUGACAUUGCCCAUUGGAACAAUUGUCAGGAUCUUGGGAAAAGUUGAUGAUAAAAAGUUUGAGGGUCUUGGGAGCUUGAAUAAUCUGUACCAAAGUCUGAAGGAUUUUCCUGACUGCUACCUAUCGUCUGCCGAAUGCAAACCUAUACUUCUUAACCCCAUGAGUCUGUCAUAUCAUCACUGCAGAAAGCUUAAACUGAAAAUAGACGACACACAGCCCUUGAGUUACUUUGGUUGUACUCAAGACAGAUGUGUGUUUGUUUCUGAUAUUGCAACUAUUAUUAUUAGUGACAAUCUUUGUGUGGAACCUUAUACUUCGGAAAGUGGCAUUCGAUUACUCACUGAUUGUGGAAUUACUGACACAAGCUAUCUAGAGGAGAGAAAACUAGACAUGUGCUCUAACGAGGUGCUUUAUUUUUUAAAAUUGGCGCUAACAGUCGAUAAUCCGUUCACAUAUUUAGUUUUCUCUAAGAUGCAUCCAAACCAAGAAAUUUUUAGUUCUUGCGAAGAAAGUAGCUUUGAUCAGUGCGAUGUAUUGAAAAAAGAGGUAUCAGCAACUUCAACGAUGCUGCUGAAAGUAUUCUUGCAAAAGUCAUCUGGAAAGCUCUUAUUUGCAGAAACCAAAGAAGACUUUGUUGAAUUUCUUUUUGGUAUUUUAUCAAUUCCUUUAGGAACAGUAGUUGGGACAUUGCUGAAUGGGGCUUCUUCUAUAAGUUGUAUGGAUAAUGUUUUCAAAAGCAUAUCAAAUAUGAGUGUAGGAAGAUACCUCAUGUCACAAGAUAUCAAAGAUAUGUUGCUUAAACCUCAUAUUGGGCAGCCAUAUUCUUCGAAAAACCAGGUUUUUCCCUUAAAAUGCACCCCUACGUUGUGUGAACAUGUAAAAGACCCAAGGCCAGGUGGAAAUUUCUUAAAGCAAUCUGGAAUGUUUAUGGUGACAGAUGACUUAACCAUAACCCCAUCCACGUCGCAUUCGACUAUUGACGUUCUGAGAAAGUUGAAUGUCCCGCUAGACGAUAUUGAGAGAUGUGAAGUUAGCAUUGGCUUGGAAGAGUGCUUAAAAUUGUUGAAAGCAUCCUUAAGAUCUUGCUCGACUUUGACUGAUAGCCUUAAGCAUCAACUUAAAAAGUGA